UAAGAGGAAGAUGACGAUAUAAGGCACCAAGAAUAAUGACAAUCCCAUGCCGAGUCAUGGAAGCACUAAUAAUCAGUAGUUUGUUUCUUCUCUGCCCCGUCGCCAUCAUUUCUUGUGCUGGAGCGCGGUCCCCAUCCACAACGCACAUCGCUCUUCCCCGUGUUUUGAAUGCACUAAAGUCCAAUACUGUCAAUGUAAAUCGCAACAAAAAGGGCGUCAUGUGAUCCGUAGCUGUGGGCUUUUAAGCAAAUCGCGGCACCGUGGCCUACCCACCGCUGGAGAAGACAAGUUGUACAUAUACGCAUUGUGUAUCUGUCAGCGCAUGCGCCCCUUCAAUGCUUAAUUUUGGGUCGGCCCGUUUUCCCUCUCUUUCUCUGCUGGUGUCGUUGCCAGCAAGUGGUCGGUGGGUCGAAUCGUGGGCGGGGGCUGUCUUUUCUCUCCUUUUUUGAAUCACCUUAUUCGGAUGUUUCUUUCCCAAUUUUCCUCCUCUCAACUGUGAGUAAAAACAACUUCAAUGUUUUUCUCAGUUGCUUGUAUUUAUGUUAUUAAUCUUGUAGGCGGGUAAGAUUUUUUCACGUCAUACAUGGCUCGCGAUUCUCAGAAAACGCUGCAGCUAUUAGAAGAGCCCCCUGAAGAAAAACCCACAUGCUCUGCCUCUCUGCAAAUCGCAGAACUAUCCCACAAUAAUGUGAAUAAUGAUGAAACUAACAACGAUAACCAUAACAGCAGAAACAGUAAGGAAGCUCUUCAUCAACAACCUAAUGAAAGCAAUGAUAAGAAAGAGUCCAAUGUGAAAACAACUGGAGAGAAGGUGAAACCAGGUUCCCCUGUUAUUAACGAGUGUCGUAAUCAGGAGGAGCCAAUACCCAAUUCAUUCAAAACGGCAAAUUCUCCCAAUUCUGAACAUGGUUACAUGAAGAGCAGUCCUGAGGGUACUGUGCCAUCCCCUCCUCUUGCAGUGCCCCUAGAUUACCCUGGCAAUUGGCAUAGAGGUGGCAGUAAUAGGGCGAUGGUGUCCUGUCAGAAUCAGGUCAAUCACAUUGCAAUGGAUCCCCCGCGAUCACGGUUCCCCAUUCCUGCAUAUCCAACAGGAAGUGGGUUAGGGCCAUAUGUUCCCUCUAUAGAGUGGAAGGAGGAUGGGGGGACGCCUUCAAGGUCUCGAGAAAUUGGAUGUGGAAGUGGAAACGUCAAUGGAAGUGGCAGUCUCUUGUCACGAGAGCAACUCAGAAUUGCUCAGGAAAAUUCUAACAGGCAGGAGCCAGUGGGCAUCCCUAGAGCAGUGUAUGAGAGGUUCAUGUUGAGUCCAUACCGACAGGGUUUUGUUCAACUACAGGACAACGUUAGCAAUCCUAGACCACUGCAGGCAGUGAGUGAGGCAUCUCCACAAUGGGUGAGAUCUCAUGUUAUCAAUAUUGAGGAACUUAUGCAAUCGCCAAAUACGCUCAGGAAUCCGAGUCAAGUGACUGAAGUGAGAAAGAGGAAAGAGAGAGAGGUCACCAAGGUGCAGAAGGAAGAGCUUUGGCCGAAUACAGCAGUAGAUGCUUUGCUUAGAAAGUUUGAAGAUCUUUGUUUUGACAAACACCGUGGUCAGCUUGGAAAGAAGCAUUGGGAUAGAAUUGCUGCUGCAGUGAAUGCUGUAUGUGGCACUGACUAUACUGGCAUGCAAUGCAAGUACAAAUGGCAUCGUCUCAAGAAAAUGUACAACAAGGAAAAGCAACGCAAUGAACCGUCUAAAUGGGCUUUCUUUCGGCAUGUAGAGCACAUUGUUCAAAAAUCAUCAAAAUCUCCAAAUGUGCAGAAUGAUAUUCAAAAUGAUUCAAAUGAAGAAGAAUGUCCAAAUGAUGUAGAUACGACAUGUGAUGCAGCAUCCAAUGAGUCAAACCAAGAGGAACCUUCCAUACAGACAAAAUCAGCCUCCCCAUUAAAUGGAGCCAGGGAGGAAGACAAACGUCCUAAAAAGAAAAGGGUCCCUUUGAGGUCAUUUGGACAAAAAUUGGAAAGAAGCAUGACACAAUUGGCCAAUGCAGUCACAAAUAUGGAGAAAGCUAGAACAGAGGAAAUAAAAAAGCUCCUUGAUACUCAACUUCAUGUUGCAUCAAUUAUGGUCCAAGGCAUUAAAGAGUUGAAACAGGGUGGUGGAAUGUCUAGAUGCAAUGAACACAUGGCCAAAGAGGGAGAGUUUGUGCCACACCAGCUUGAAGGAUACAAUGAGAGAUUUGUUCCUCCCACAAAUUUUGCCAUGGUUGAUAAGCGAGUUUACAGAUCAAGUUUCCCAAACAGAAAAAACUUUCCAUUUUUGGAGACCUUACAUCUCAAUUCUAUCCUUUGUCUUUGCCCUGAACCAUAUCCAGAAGAAAAUUUGGACUUUCUACGAGCUCAUGGGAUUCGGCUAUUUCAUAUUGGAAUGGAGAGAUACAAGAAUCCUUUUGUGGACAUGCCUAAUGAUGCAAUAGGGGAAGCCUUGAAGGUUUUGCUCGAUACAAGGAAUCAUCCAGUUCUAAUUCACUGUGAAAAGGGAAAGCGGCGUACAAGUUGCUUAGUGGGAUGCUUGCGCAAAGUACAGAACUGGUGCCUUGCAUCAGUUUUUGAAGAGUAUCAACGAUUUGCUGGGAUAAAGUCUGAGGUGUUAGACUUGCAAUUUAUUGAACAAUUUGAUGUGUCAUUUGUGAAGGAAUAUGGUUAUUCUUUGAACCAUCCACAUGCUUCUGAAGUUAUGAUUGCAUAAGGAAUACUAAUUACUGAAGUAACAAGCUGUAUUAGAAUGGAGGGAUCAAAGAAAAAAGGUUCCUUUUAAAAUUGCACAAGACUUUUUAACAAGCCCUCUCUAAAGUGGAGGUUCGUUGUCCAGCUGAUGUUAUAUAUGACUACUGAGUUCUUAUCUCAUUAUCCAUUUCUUGGAAAGUUGGUUUGCUCCAACAAUAGUGUAUAUGGAAUUUUUUUCUACAAGCAGGAGUGGAGUGCUACCGCAUGAUUCAAAAGGGGAGUACAAUGUUUAUCAAUCUUAACACAGGUAGUUUCGUUUAUUUCUGUUCUCUUAUAUUUUAGACGACUUAAGAUUAUUUAACAGUGAGAUACAACUCUUUUUUCCCAAUCACGAUUGUACUUGAAUUUCUCUGUCAAUUGCAGACCAGCUCAUGUCUUCACUUCUUACAGAAUACACAAUGUGUGGAGUGAAUUCUUGCAGCAUAAAUUUGCAAUCGAUAUAAUUGAUAAAAGAAAUUCAAUCA